UGCGUCACUCCGUCGCCGGUAAGCGGUGACGUGGCUGCUGCUGCUGGGGAAGCUCUUCCCGGUUGUAGUGCAAAGCUCCUCCGGGCUCUUCCAUUCACUGGAGAUACCUGUGCCACCCAAAAAAACUAACCUGUGCAAACUGGGAGUGCCGAGCAGUUUGUCGUUUUGUGUGUCGCUUAAAGAGGCUAGCUUGUUGAAUUAGCCGCUGACUCCUGCAAGCCAUGGACACGUACGGCAACUCGCACAAGAAACAGAAGAUAGGCAACGCUGCCCAGAACUGGGGGAUGCAACGUGCAACUAAUGUCACCUAUCAAGCCCAUCAUGUCAGUCGAAACAAGCGUGGGCAGGUUGUGGGCACAAGAGGAGGGUUCAGAGGAUGCACUGUUUGGCUGAGUGGUUUGUCCGGUGCAGGGAAGACUACAGUUAGCAUGGCUCUGGAGGAGUACCUAGUGUGUCAUGGUAUUCCCUGCUACACACUGGAUGGGGACAAUAUCCGUCAGGGGCUGAACAAAAACCUAGGCUUUAGCCCAGAGGACCGUGAAGAGAACAUAAGACGCAUUGCUGAGGUGGCCCGGCUUUUUGCUGACGCUGGGCUGGUCUGCAUCGCCAGCUUCAUCUCUCCCUACAGCAGGGAUCGCCUCAAUGCCAGGAAGAUCCAUGAGGCAGCAGGGCUGCCUUUCUUUGAGGUGUUUGUGGACGCUCCACUGGAUGUCUGUGAGCAGAGGGACGUGAAGGGGCUGUACAAGAGAGCCAGAGCGGGGGAGAUCAGAGGUUUCACUGGAAUUGACUCAGAGUACGAGAAGCCAGAGGCCCCAGAGCUGGUGCUGAAGACCGACUCCUGUAGUGUGAAUGAGUGCAUACAGCAGCUUAUUGACCUGCUUCAAGAGAGGGAUAUAGUUCCUGUUGAUGCAUCUUAUGAAGUGAAAGAGCUGUACGUUCAGGAGAAUAAACUGGACCUGGCUAAGGCGGAUGCAGAUACUCUGCCUGCUGUGCAGAUUGGCAAGGUGGACAUGCAGUGGGUGCAGGUGCUGGCUGAAGGCUGGGCCACUCCUCUGAAUGGCUUUAUGAGAGAGAGAGAGUAUUUGCAGUGUCUUCAUUUUGACUGCCUGCUGGAUGGUGGCGUUAUCAACCUAUCAGUGCCUGUGGUGCUGCCGGUCUCUACUGCAGAUAAAGAGCGUUUAGAUAGCGUGACCGCUAUGGCCUUGGUCUACGAGGGCAGACGAGUUGCCAUCCUUCGCAACCCUGAGUUUUAUGAACAUCGCAAAGAAGAGCGAUGUGCUCGCCAGUGGGGCACCACCUGCAAGGACCACCCCUACAUCAAGAUGGUGAUGGAAAGUGGGGACUGGCUGGUCGGAGGAGACCUGCAGGUUCUGGACAGAAUCUACUGGAACGACGAACUCGAUCAGUACCGACUGACACCCACUGAGCUCAAACAGAAGUUUAAAGAAAUGAAUGCAGAUGCUGUAUUUGCCUUUCAGCUUCGCAACCCAGUCCACAACGGCCAUGCUCUUUUGAUGCAGGACACCCACAAGCGCCUUAUCGAGCGAGGCUACCGCCGGCCUGUUCUGCUGCUCCACCCACUGGGAGGUUGGACCAAGGACGAUGAUGUGCCGCUGCCCUGGCGAAUGAAGCAGCAUGCCGCUGUGCUGGAGGAGGGCGUCCUGAAUCCAGACUCGACCAUUGUGGCUAUUUUUCCUUCACCCAUGAUGUAUGCUGGGCCAACUGAGGUUCAGUGGCAUUGCAGAGCUCGAAUGGUGGCUGGAGCCAAUUUCUACAUUGUGGGCCGUGACCCUGCAGGCAUGCCCCACCCUGACACAGGAAAGGACCUAUACGAGCCCACUCAUGGCGCAAAGGUCCUCACUAUGGCUCCAGGCCUCAUCACCUUGGAGAUCGUACCCUUUAAGGUUGCCGCUUACAACAAGGUCAAAAAAGCAAUGGACUUUUAUGACCCCAAAAAUCAUCAAGAUUAUGAUUUCAUCUCAGGCACACGCAUGCGUAAGAUGGCUCGCGAGGGAGAAAAUCCUCCUGGCGGCUUUAUGGCCCCGAAGGCCUGGGCUGUGCUGAAGGAAUACUAUAAGUCACUGGAGAAGGCUUAAAGGCAUAGUCUCAGAUGAAACAAACAUAGAAAACACAGUGAUGUUUAACAGGAUAAUUAUGGGGACCACUCAUCUACAACAAGCUUUGGCUUCUGUCUGUGUCACUUUCACGCUCAACUGUCAUGAAUCUAAUCUCUGAAAUCUUUUACAUGUUCUUUAUUUAACAAACUCACUCUGAUUGUGAAAUAAAGUAGAGGUCAGGAUAUUGAUGAAUUGUUUUUUCAAGAGAACAAACAAAAGCUUUCUCUAAAAUAGAUGUUUGUGUUUCUCACUAACUUUAUAACUGUUGAUGAUCAGUUACAAAGUGUUAAAAAUUCAAAUUUCAAGAUUAAUAAUGACCUUUAUGGAAAGUACUGUUGACCAGUACUUUAAUUGGUGGGGAUGAGUGUUGAGUAGUCAUGAUAUACAAAUUAACUGCACUUGAAAGAGUUUACUUAACUCACUACUGAAAACCACAAGUUACUUUGUACUGUAUGUUUGCAAGUGGCAACAUUUGGUGUACGUAUUUCAU